GCCCAACCAACCAAUUCGCACCACCGCCAAUGCCAUUGUCGCCGAGCGACGCUGGCGGCGGCACCACUCCAGGAUGGCAGCGAUGCAUGUACUUCAUCCAACGCUGCUCUAACGAGCGGCAGCUCCACAUUAUUCAUGCUCUCUGCCUCACCCAUGGCUUCCAUCGCCAUACCGUCGCCAUCAGCCGUCUUAUCCUCGCUGCUUGCUCUAUUCGAAGCAGCAGCGGCCUCCUCUACGCCUCCCUUAUCCUACGACACUCCCCCGCCCCUCCCAAUUCCUUCAUCUACAACUCCCUCAUCCAUGCCCACGCUCGUGGCCCCGAGCCCCAUCGCGCCCUCCAUUACUUUUCCCUAAUGCUUCGCUCACCUGAACUCUUUUCCGCGCCAGACCAUCACUCAUUCCCCUUUGCCCUCGCCGCUUGCGUCGCCGUACCUGAUUUUGCCUUUGGCACUCAGGUACACGCUGUCGUCAUCAAGAACAGCCUCGCUGCAACUGACCAUUACGUUCAGACGGCUGCCCUUCGACUUUACGCGCAGAGCCAGGACGAUCUGUGCCAAGUACGCAAGCUAUUCGAUGAAAUUCCCCAAAGAGAUGCAGUUCACGUUGACGUGCUUAUGAAUGGCUAUCUUCGUCGUGGGUUCCCGUUUGAGGCGUUAGGCGUUUUCAAAGAAAUGCUUGUGGUUGGUUUGAUCCCGGACAAGCACGCAAUCACCACCGCCCUUACGGCUUGCUCACAAGCAGGGGAUCUAAAAGAAGGAGCUUGGAUCCACAUGUAUUUAUUGGACAAGCACCCUGGCUUGUCGGAAGAUGCUUUUAUUUGUUCGUCCCUUAUAAGUAUGUAUGCAAAAUGUGGCUGUAUUGAGGAAGCUGUGAAAGUGUUUGAUUCAGCAUCAGAGAGAAAUUCCUUCAUGUGGGCUGCAAUGAUUGGGGGAUUUGCAGUGCACGGAUUUGCAAAUGAUGCUAUUUGCUGUCUCCGCAGGAUGAAAGAUGAGGACGGUGUGCAGCCGGACGGGAUUGUGAUUCUCAGCGUUAUGGCUGCUUGCGCUCAUGCAGGUCUUGUAGAAGAGGGUUUGAAGCUAUUGGCUGAAAUGAUCACACGCUAUGAUGUCGUUCCUGAACAUGAGCAUUACAGCUGCGCUGUCAACAUGUUAUGUAGGGUAGGCAGGCUUGCAGAUGCAUUGGAGCUCAUCCGCCGAAUGCCAAUGAGACCUCUAGCUUCCGUUUGGGGCUCGCUGUUGACAGGAUGCAGGAUUCACAAUAACGUUGAGCUUGCAGAGCUUGCGGUUGCAGAGCUUCAGAGUAUAACUGGGAAUGGUGAAGAUGAUCAGGGAGUGUUUGUUCAAAUGUCGAAUAUCUAUUUGAAUUCAAAUAAGCUGGAGGAUGCGCAGAGGAUAAGGAAGCUGAUUGGGAGGAGAGGCAUCAAAAAGACACCUGCUUGUAGUGCGAUUGAGGUGGAUGGGGAGGUCAACUCAUUUGUGGCAGGGGAUCCACUGCACCCGAGGCUGCCUGAUAUUUGGUCGAUCCUGGAUAUCUUCAGAGAUCAUGCAAGAAACGAUUUUGAAGUGGGAGAUAUGAGUUUUGGAUAAUGACUGUUCCAGAGGAGGUGGCCGGGUGGCUAUUACAUCAAGAUAUAAACAGCAAGCUAAUUCUUACGUUCCACCAUCAUAUCUAGUCUAGUUGAUGUUGAUGAAAUUGAUGAAUGGACGUGUAUUUAGUGAGGAGGGUGUUAUAUUGGAGAAAUUAUUUCGUGCGAAGUCCGUACAAUGAAGAACCGUUCGUACACAGUUUGUUUUUAUAGACAGUGUGUACAAACACUGUGUACACUCACAUCCGGAUGGUUCUUUACCGUCCGGACUCCUCACGGAAUAAUUUUUCGUUAUAUUGUAGCCUUCCUCGGAUUGAGCGCCAAGAGGCAGAUAGGAGUAACCUGGACUGUUAGAUAGUUGGACCGCCCAUGCUGUGCUGGUUUUGAUGGCUGAUGUGAGGUAGUGUCUCUCUCACAGAAUCUUCCAAUGACAUCUAUAAAUAGGAGGCAGUAGACUGUGGAGAGGACCAAUCUUGUUCCUUGAGAGGUAGGCUCCUUACCGCUCUUGUAACUAUUUGAGGGUCCUUUUGGGGUCAGAUGGCUUGAAACUCAAGAGCACAAGUACCUGGUAUCCUCUCCUACUUAGCACCUUAUAACUUGCAAAAUUCUUCAUUAUUAAGCAUUCAAUAAUCAGCCCCUACUUGUUGGCUCUCUUUUUCUUUCUUCAUUUUUUUUCAAUACGGUUUACUUUAUUGUGAAACAUUUUUCUAUGUUAGGAUACGGUUGGGUUGCCUUA